AGUAAAUCGUGUGGAUUUCUGUGGAAAAAUUUCUAAAACUCCCUGUCCCUUAAACCUUUUUCCUACUUUUUCUCUUCAAUCCCAGACUGCAUCGCUUUAAUUUCACCUUUUCUCACCAGAUUAUAGCAUAGAAGUCCAUGCAGCCACAAGAAGAUAGCAUUUCAAUGGAGUCUUUAGCAAUAGAGAAUUCCAAUGAGAAAUCUGAUAUCCAAGAGAAUGAAAACGUGAGAAGACAGUCGAAAGUUUGUCUCACAGGCCGUUGGAGACCUUCGGAGGACGAAAAACUUGAACAGCUUGUUGCUCAAUAUGGCCCACAGAACUGGAAUGCCAUAGCUGAGAAGCUUGGAGGAAGAACGGGCAAGAGUUGUAGAUUGAGAUGGCACAACCAGUUGGACCCGAUGAUCAAUAAAAGAGCUUUCAGUAAAGAAGAAGAGGAAAGGCUGUUGGCAGUCCAUAGGGUUAUUGGCAACAAAUGGGCUCUGAUUGCUAAGUAUUUCCCUGGGAGAACUGACAAUGCAAUGAAAAAUCACUGGCAUGUUUUAAUGGCUAGGAAACACAGAGUCAGAGAGCUAUCAACAUCCUACAGAAAAAUAUCAAACCGUUAUACCAAUUCCUUCCUUCCUUGUUCGGGACGUGUUUCCAAUCCGACUCCACCAGAUUCUUGUUGGGGUUAGUCUGUAUACAUAGCAUACGAUCUAAAACUACAUACCGAGCAAG